GGAUUGAUUGUUUAUGAAGGAAGAAAGGUUCAGUGGGAUCUAUGUUUAUGGCAGGGGGGAAAAGAGGGGGGUCCCUUCCUUCGUCCCCUCUUUCCUUUAUUCCUUUGUUUUUUCUCUUCUCCCAUCUCCUUGCAGGACCCUUUGCUACAGGAUCCUUCUUUUCCCUUGAUCCCGAUCUUUCCUCAUCACCACAAUGGACCCCACCAGUAAUAGUCCUCAUUCCAACCACUCAAGCUAUCAACGCGUUCCCUCGCUCACCUCCGGUCUCAUCAGCGAAGACACUAUCAUCUCCCCUGGCCCCUCGGAGCCCCUCCGGAGCAACCGCAAGCACUCCCAAUACGAUGACGAUGACCAAGAAGGAAACCCCGUCUCUUCCAUGCCCCUCCACGACGAAAUUCCCUAUGGUCCACAGCCACCGGUCCUUCACACCACGGCCACCUUCACUUUCACACACCCUCUGAAGCCCAUCCUCCUCCUCCUCUUCUUACGCCCACAACCACAGCCUUUCGCCCGCCACAGCCCCCUCCUCUCCCUCCGGCCGCUCAUCCAAGCAGCACUCCCUCUUCUUCAAAUCCCUUCUCUCCUCAAUUUUCACUUUCUUCCUCAUCUUCUACGUCACAGGGGCGGCCCUCCACACGGCCGCUGCAUUCUUUAAAAACGUCGUCUCCAUCUUCUUGGAUUUACACUCCCAAGGCAUCGGUCUCUCGACCCACGCACCCACUGCUGGUGAUGGCCUC